AUGGAUCCCCUUUUGGGUCAGUCUUGUCCGAGGCCUCCAAGGAAGUGGUUCGAUAAAAACCCGUUAGAAGGAAUCUGUGGAAAUCUAAGUUUUCAGAAAUUAAAAUGAAGGCUGUCUUCGUGUGUUUGCUGCUGGCCUUGGCCGGACAAUCUCUGGCCCAGAGCCAGGAGGAGUUCAUCGAAUACCUGCUGGAGAUCCAGUACCAGGCCGAAUCCGUGCACCAGAUGAUGGAGGGAACCUUCGACAACGUGCGCUUCACCAUGAGCGAACAGCUGAUCGAACUGAACCGGGACAUCAUCGAGGAAAUGAACGAAGCCCUUGUUCAGGUUGAAGAUAUCAAGGAAAGCACCGAAGCCUACGUCGAAGCGUCCGAUGCUCCUCAGGUCUGUAUCGAUGUGUCCGUUGCCAACUGGGCCCUGGAAAUCGAAUGGGUCGGCCAGGCUCUGCAACGGUGCGCCGGCGAUGCCAACAUCGAGAUCACCCGUGCCACCGCCGAUGUUCACGCUGCCCUCGAGUACGCCCAGGUUUCCUCGACCGAUCUGCAGAACAUCGUCGUCCGUGGAUUCAUCGACUGGAACGCCAUCGACUACACCGAAUCGCUGUCGUCCGUCGUCGGCACCCAGAUCGAACAGGCCGAAUACUUCUUCCGUGUCGCCACCCAGCCGAUGCUGGAGCGCGAACUGCAGGACAUCUUCGAUCUGAGGACCGAUCUGUUGCCCCGCAUUGAACGGUGCAUCAACCGUGGACUGGAGCGCUUCAACAACUACGCCCGCGUCAUCCGUGACACCCUGUACUUCUGCACGAACAACUAAGCAGCGGCGUGUGUAUGUGUGCUAGUCGGCGGAAACGAGUUAUUGUUUUGCAAAUAAAGAUUAAUUUAAAACACGA